AUGGGUUCCAGUGUUGAUGAAGACAAAGAAGUCCUAGAAGACCAAUUAACAAGGCAGCUAACGAGGGAAUAUUUAGAACUUUUAGGUGUGAUAUGUAUGAACAAGAAACCUGAAACAGAAGACAAUAUGGAUGAUAUGGAGGUUGUAUCUCAGGGAGCAGCCACCAGGGACGAUACCCUCAGUGAAUUGGGCCAAAUGUGUAUGAAAACUGAAGACAUCUAUCCCUUUAUCUUCCUGUGUGUGUAUGAUGGACUCUUAUGGCGUGACAGUUCCACAUGCCACAAAUGUAUCAGCUUGGGAUGGCCAGUACUUAAACAGAUGCUUGCUGACAAAACAGUAACCUCAGCUGUUGCCCAUCACUUACUUCAUGCUGUCUUGUUAGGACUAAAACUACAUGGUCAACAUGAAGCAGGCCAGGCUAUGUUGCUGAGUCUGGGAUUACAAGUCUAUGAAGUUCUGCGCCCUCUAUUUCCUGAUAUCCGGUUAGUGAUGCAACAACAGAUACCAUAUUGUACAGAAACAUCUCUGAAGUCGUUUGAUGACAAAGUCCUCCACGUGGCACCUCAGAAACAGUCUGACAAAAGGAAAAAAGAUGCUUUUAAAAAGCUGGUCUCUGAUAUUAUUGGUAAAAAUCUCGGUGAGCACUUCAAGAAAGAAAGGCAUUUUGAAAGACUCCCCCCUAUAUUCCAGCUGAAGAAUAAACUGCCUUCUCUUGACAUUCUAGAUGCUUCCGAAUCUACUGGCCUUGCCAAUCUUUUCUGCGUUGACGCAACCAAGUAAUGGCAGUUUGUAUGCUAGCCAUGGCCACCACCUGCCAACCAAGUCUUUACACAAAAAAAAAAAAAAAAUGCAAAACGAAAAAAAUAAACCUCCAUGCUGCAACAAGAAAAUAACUGCUGUGGAAUCGAAAAUGCUCAAACUGUGCUGGGAACUGAAAGAUUUGAGUGAAUGAGAGAGAGAAGAAGAAGGAGAUCUAAAUCAUUGGAAGUUUUUGAAAAACACAACAUAAACCGCAAAAAAAAAUGUCUCAUUGUGUAUGUGUGCGUGUGUGUGCGUGUCGAAGGGACCUGCUCUGUGAUGUCAGCCCAUGACAUCAUAAUGUUUGCCCCCAACUACAGAGACCUACUAAUGCAGUCUAGCACUGAUGUUGGCUACAAACAACAUUAUCUGUGAUUUUACUUCAUGUCAUUCAUUAAAAAAUAAGGGCAAAAAACUUUCAAAA